AUGAUUGUCGAUACUGAGAAUGCUGCCGGUACCGACGGUACUGCUGGUACCGCCUAUACUGCCGGUACCGCCGGUAUUGAGAAUCCUAACGGUACUAGCAGUACCGCUAGUAUUGAGAAUUAUGCCAAUACUGAGAAUCCUGCUAAUAAUGCCAGUACUGCCGGUACCGUCGGUACUGAGAAUUCUGCCGAUACGGAGAAUCCUAAUGGGGCUGCCAGUACCGCCAAUACUAAGCAACCUGCCGGUAUUGCCAGUACCAAAAAUGCCGCCAAUCCUACCGAUACUGCCGGUACUGAGAAUACUGUCGAUACUGCCGGUACUGUCGGUACUGUCGGUACUGAGAAUCCUGCCAGUACCACCGGUAUUGCCGGUAAUGUCGGUACCGUCGGUACUGAAAAUCUUGCUGGUAUCGGCAGUAUUGAGAAUUGUGCCGAUACUGAGAAACUUGCUGAUAAUACUUGGAGGUACCGCCAGUAA